AUGAGUAGUUGGACCAACUUCUUACAAUCUAGUAAUGAGUAUGAGAAAGGUGUGGAGGAUUAUUUAGAUAAAGCAUUUUCUACUCAAGCAAUUGGUGAUCAGAUUACUUGCCCGUGUAAGGUGUGUUAUCACCGUUUUUGGCAUCGUAGAGAGACAAUAUUCAAUCAUUUGAUUGCAAACGGGAUCGAGCCUGGCACUGAAGGAUGGCAUUGUUAUGAAAAGGGUAUGUCAUCGACAUCAAAUACAAAGAGGAAUGUUGAAGAUAAUACACCAGACAUGCACGAUGAUAUUGAACGUUUGAUAUAUGAUGUUCAUAGAGACGUGGCAGAAAGGUAUGAAGGGGUUGGAGAUGAGCCCAAUGAUGAGGCUAAUAAGUUCUAUAAGUUAGUUGAAGAUGGAAAACAAGAGCUAUAUCCCGGCUGCAAAAAAUUUUCAAAACUAUCAUUUCUCAUUCGUUUUUACCUUUUGAAGUGUACUCAUGGGUUAACUAAUGUAGCAACUUCAGAUAUUUUGGAUUUUAUCCGAGAAGCGUUACCAGAUGCAUCCAACGUGCCUAACUCUUUUAAUGAGGCAAAAAUAUUGAUAAAAGAUCUCGGUCUUCAUUAUGACAAGAUUGAUGCAUGUCGUAAUGAUUGUAUGCUGUAUUGGAAGGAGCAUGAAGCUGCGACGUCUUGCCAUGUUUGUCAUGCUUCAAGGUGGAAAGAAACAGAGACUGAGAACCAAGAUGAUAUUAGCAAUCAGCCAUCUAAGAAAGUGCAUAAUGUCCCUGCAAAAGUUCUUUGGCAUUUUCCUCUUAAACCAAGGCUUCAAAGAUUGUACAUGUGUUCAGAAACAGCAGAGCUAUUGAAGUGGCAUGAUGAAGAAAGAGAUAAAGAUGAGUUAUUGAGGCAUCCGGCUGAUGGCGAGGCGUGGAAAGAGUUUGAUCUAAAGUACCCAAAUUUUGCUAAAGAAGCACGUAAUCAAGAAUUCUUGAUGUUGUCUCUCCUUAUUCCUGGGCCCACCUCUCCUGGGAAUGACAUUGAUGUCUACCUCCAACCAUUGGUUGAAGAACUUAAAGAUCCGUGGGAGUAUGGGUUGGACACCUAUGACGCGGAGAAGAGACAAACAUUCAAAAUGCAUGCAGCUUUACAGUCAACGACCAGUGACUUUCCAGGUUAUGCUAUGUUAUCUGGUUGGAGCACCAAAGGGAAGUUUGCAUGCCCCUAUUGUCACUACGAGACUGAUCAUCAUCACUUGAGUAAUAGUAACAAAUCUUGCUACUGUGCUCAUCGUCGAUGGUUAGAUGAAAAUCAUCCUUGGCGGCAUGAUAUGGAGUCUUUUAACGGAGAAAAGGAAGAGAGGACAUCUCCAGAUCCUUUAACAGGGACUCAAAUUUCAAGCUUGUUGGAAAAUUGGGAAAACAAGUUUGGAAAGUUACAACCAAAGAAGAAAUAUCCAGAUUGUCCAUGGAGAAAGUCCUCUAUCUUCCACACUUUGCCAUAUUGGAAAGAUUGCGGGUGUCGCCAUCAUUUGGAUGUCAUGCACAUAGAAAAAAACAUAUGUGAUAGUGUGCUGGGAACUUUGUUAGAUUAG